UCCGUGUUUGCGUGUAAGGGAACUUUUCAAAAUGGCGAAUUUCGAUGAUAGACUUGCCGAGGAGGUCAGAAAACACCCUGCUCUGUACGACUCGUCCUCCAAGGGCUACAAAGACACCUCGUCGUCCGUCGCCUCCUGGAGGGAAAUAGCACAGACGCUGCAAAUAGACGAGAAUGUGUGCCGCCAGAAGUGGAAGAACCUGCGGGACAAAUUCGUGCGGGCGAAGAGGAAGGUAGAGACCCGGAGCGGAGACGGACGGAAGGCGCGGGUGCCGUGCAUAGUCACACAGCUGCACUGGCUCAGCACCUUCGUCAGACACCGAGAAACAGAGUCACAUUUACCACAUUCAGAGGAAACUGAGGAGAGCGUGUCUGGUCCCACAGCUGAGUCUCUGCAAACUCCUCCUGGCAUGUCCUCCAAGUGCAGCAAGUCUCCUGCUGCAGUGGAGGUCUCCCUGUCGCCGCUCUCAGAGGAUGAAGUCGACCACAUGGUCCCGCUUUCCAGCUCCUCCAGCGGCUCCACCAGCGAUCGGCCCCGUCCUGCCAUCGCCAUCACCCCACCUCCUCCUCCUCCUCCCCCCUCUGAGCCGCAUUUCAGACAGUCGCAUAUGAGCAGCUUAGGGCGGAGGAGACAGAGGAAGAGGAGGCUCGAAUCUAUUGAUGAGUUUAUUCUAAAGAGGCUGGAGAGCAUCGACCAGCACAGGGAGGAACUGCUGCAGUUUAACGAUGAAGACACCAGGUUCGCUCUGUCCAUGGCAGACAUUUUGCGCAGACUCCCACAACGCCAGAGGAGCCUGGCAAAAUUCAAAAUACACCAGCUGCUUUUUGAGAUAGAGCAAGAACACCAGGACUGAAUGCAGCCAACACACACACCUCUGUUUUGGAAACUACAUUGUGCCUUUUUGUAAAACGGUUGAAUACCCAAACAUUGUUGGAUUGUUGUUUAUACUCCGAGUUAAUGAGGGAAUUGUCAUCAACGUUGUGCGGCACAUUUUGGAAAAUGUUCAGUUUUCAAUGACUUGUUUGUUGUAAGAGAUUUCCAGUAUUUACAUAUUUUUAGAAGUUGGAAUUCUGAAUUCACUUCCAAAUUGCAGUCCACUCCUCCUUCACAUUAGCAAAUAAAUGUAGGUGAGAGAACA